UUCGAUGCUCUUCAGGAUCGUACAGACUUGCAUGCGGGACUAGAACAAGAUACUGCUGUGGAGCAGGCCAAGGAGGCCAAUGAACUGCACGAAUUGUUCAACCCGAACAAUGAGUACAUUCAAUCAGUGGCACGAUGUCUACAAAUGAUGCUUCGUAUAGACGAAUAUCGCUUUGCAUUCGUGUCUGUCGAUGGAAUUUCGACUCUUCUCAGCGUUCUGUCUGGCAGAGUAAAUUUCCAAGUACAAUAUCAGCUUAUUUUUUGUUUAUGGGUACUUACUUUCAAUCCUCUCUUGGCAGAAAAGAUGAAUAAAUUCAAUGUCAUACCCAUUCUUGCUGAUAUACUCAGCGACUCAGUCAAAGAAAAAGUAACACGUAUUAUACUUGCAGUGUUUAGAAAUUUGAUUGAGAAAGUAGAAGAUGGACAAGUAGCUAAGGAACAUUGCAUCGCUAUGGUACAAUGCAAGGUGUUAAAACAACUUUCGAUAUUAUGUCAACGAAAGUUUGAUGACGAGGACAUCACUGAUGAUAUCGAGUUCCUCAAUGACAAACUGCAAGCAUCUGUGCAGGAUCUAAGUUCAUUCGAUGAAUAUUCGACGGAAGUGAAAUCUGGUCGUCUAGAAUGGUCUCCUGUUCACAAAUCGGGCAAAUUCUGGCGUGAGAACGCUAGUCGUCUUAACGAAAAGAAUUACGAACUCUUGCGUAUUCUGGUUCAUCUAUUAGAAACUAGUAAAGACCCACUUGUCCUCAGCGUGGCUAGUUUCGACAUCGGCGAAUAUGUGCGCCAUUAUCCACGUGGCAAGCACAUAAUUGAACAACUUGGUGGAAAACAGCGCGUAAUGCAACUUCUUGGACACGAAGAUCCUAAUGUUAGAUACGAGGCUCUUCUUGCAGUACAAAAACUUAUGGUACAUAAUUGGGAGUAUCUUGGAAAACAAUUAGAGAAAGAACAGACAGGUGCAUCUGGAGCAUCUACUAAUAAACCUGGAGUACAAGUGUCAGCGAAAGCUUGAAUAUUCGUGCAACUUGCACAAAUUUUCUGAUUUCGAGAAAGUUUCGAGAGUAUUAUAUAGUUCGCAUGAUAUAAUUAUCAUCCGCUUAUUGUAAAUUACAUAAAAUUCAAAAUACAUAUAUUCUCUUCCA